AUGUCCUCUGCUCAAUUCGACAAGGUGAGAGGGCGAGCAGCCUAGGCUUGGGGGACAGCUAUGGUGCGCUGCAAUGUGGCACAGCGCACUAAGCUGACCGGCCCUUACUCUUUCGACAAACCUUUUGAUAUGUAGGCCGUGUCCAUCAUCGGCAGCAUGCCCAAGGUGAGUGUCCCAGGAAAUCGUGCUUUGCUGCAACACGAGUCAAGCAUGACGGAUGAGGCCGACGACUAAUAUUCUGCUGUUCUGCGCAUCGUAGGAUGGACCUGUGCAGCCCAGCCAAAGCGACCAGCUGACCUUUUACGGACUGUUCAAGCAAGUCAGCAAUGGUGAUGUCAACACCAGCCGUCCGGGUAUGAUGGGUAAGUGUUGGAAGACGUUAAGAGAUGGGCUGAGCUUGGCGUGAUGGCAGGAAGGGUACAAAUGCGCUGCGAGACUGGAGUUUGUUGAUCACUUUGACCCGCCAUGUAUACAGACUUUACGGGAAAGGCCAAGUGGGACGCUUGGAAGAGCCGCGAGGGUCUUUCUGCUGAUGAGGCCAAGAAGGAGUACGUGGAUCACUUACUCGCUGUGAGUGUCAUAUUGCACGCAGGUACACCGCUGGUGCUUUGUCAGGGUUGCGAGAAAAGCCAAGGGAGUAAAGGAAGGAGCUGCUGGAUCACAGGGAAAGCGAAAAUCAGGCCAAAGCGGCCACCCUGAUCCGGGCGCUGCGUGCUGACCUGAAUUUCACCUCUUAAACAUUCGAUGGCGACUUCCUGAAGCUGCUCGACAAGCACUCUGGUUAGUGUGCUCCUAAGAGCUCUCCUCUGGACCCUGUCCCGCUUUAGCUGAUCCUGGGCUGCUGCUUCUCCCUUUGCACAGACAAUGAGGACGCAAAGAAGUGGGCGGACGAGAUCAGAGCCGCCUAA